UCCGAGUGAUCGUAUUAAUCUGGCCGAUUAUAAGUAGAAUUUCCGAGUGGAAUUGGAUGUGCCCGGUUCGUCUAAUAAAAUAUCUUUCACUACGUAACUCCCUACUCUUCGAACAGCUGUGAACCAUCCGUCCCCUAAUACCGGACAUAUCUCUGACCUCUGCCGUUCGGUGGAAAUAUCUUGGGGUCACAGAGACGACAUUCCUUACGCCGCGUCGCGGACGCGUCGUCGGGAUGACUCGAUCGGCGCGCCGGUCGAUCGUCGAGGGGGUUUUGAAUUUUAAUCGCGCAUCCCUCGGGGGUUGCCGUUGGCGAUGGUGUACGGUAGGAGUUUGUGCGCGACGGGAUGAUCCGAGGGAUUUUGGGGCGAGCGGAGAGGCGCCGGUUGUCUCCCGCGAUGCUGCAAACUCCACGAGAGUUUGAGCUUGAACAUCUCGAGGCUAGGCGUGCCACUUGCGCACAGUCAUUUAAACCGUAUUUUUAGAAUCUCGGCAAGUCGAAGACGCCGAAAUAUACGCGUACCCCCGCGCUCACCUACCUAACUAACCCACCUCCGUUCAUGUAACUCGAACUUUCACACCGCGGAAACCUUAUCGCGCGUAUCUUGUAACGCAAUCUAUACGCCCGCGCGCGUGUAACGAACAACUGUCAAUUUUCCUAUCCGAGAUAUUUUUUAAAUUUCGUAAAAAAAAAUAAAACAAGAUCUUGGGGGUGAAUUCCGUGAUCCGGGAACCCUCGCGUCGCGCGAAUAAAAUCGUUGGAGAAAUUUUUUUAAUGACGUUUGACGCUCGAUCUCUGGAAGAUGCCGCAACCGCUACCGUCAGACCUGGUAAGAUUGUAGCACCACGAUGGGAGAACAACGUCGAAGAUUUGAUCGCCGUGGGACGUCCAGGUGUCCCCUUGACCGUGGAAUUGAAACUGGACGAUACGGGGAAUUAUGGAAAGCCGAGCUUCGAACUAUUGCGGGAUCAACUUCCCCUAGCUAGGGAUCGUUACCACGUUCACACGCGGGGUAACGUUGUUCAGUUGACGUUGGAACACACGAAGAUGGAAGACGCCGGACGUUACGCACUCGUCGCAAAAAAUAUCGCCGGUGAAUCGUCGCGAGUGAUUCGCUUCAACGUGGAGGAUACGAAGGGGGAUGACGACGGUGAUCUUCCGACCUUUGUCAGAAGACUGAGCGACUUGGCCGUCAAAGUUGGAACCCGUACGAGAUUUCUCGUAGAAAUCAGAAGCUCGACGCACUUGAAGGUCACAUGGCACAGGAACGACGAACCCCUCCAGGAAGGGACGAGGUUCACCUUCGUACACGAAGGAAAUUUUCACUGCGUCGACGUCGCACCGGUAACGGUCGACGACCAGGGCCACUGGACAUGCAUGGCCGAAAAUCCUUCCGGUCGAUCGUCCUGCACGUCCCACCUGAACGUUGUCGUACCGAAAGCCUACAAAAAACCGGAAUUUGUGGAAGAACUUCGGGCGCUCCUUACGGAAAUGGGAACUGUUUCUUUGGAGUGCAAGGUGGUCGGUGUUCCAACGCCGGUUUUGAGGUGGUUCAAAGAUGACAAAGAGAUAAAAGCCGGCGACGUUUUCGCCCUCACGGCGAAUCCCAACGACCCAACUUCUCUCGGGACUUAUACUUGCGAGGCGGUGAAUUGUAUGGGCGUAACUUAUUCUUCGUCGAAGGUUCACGUCGUCGGCAAGGGCAGUCGAGAAGGUUCACUGAGGCCAGCCGACAAUCUGACUCCGUCCGGACCGUUACCAGUAUUCAAAAAAAUUCUACGCGACGAAUCCAGCAAAAUCGGCGAUUCUCUGACCCUUUCGUGUCAAGUUCAAGUACCACCGUGGCCGAAGAGUAUCGUUUGGUACAACAAAGAAGGACGCGUAGAGGGUAGUGAAAAAUAUCACAUAAUGGAGGAUGGAUUGGGCGGUUAUUCCAUUGAAAUAAAACCACUGGAAGCGAUGGACGAAGGGGAGUGGAAGUGUGUGGCGACCAGUAACGAGAAUGUCAAACAGUUCACCACCUGCCACGUAAUGAUGUCGAUUCCGAAGAACUACAGAAAACCGAGAUUUAUGGAAAGCCUGAGAGCGGUGCUCACCGAAGAAGGUCUUGUUUCUUUCGAGUGCAAAGUGGUCGGAUUUCCAACGCCCGCGUUGCGAUGGUUCAAGGACGGUCAGGAAUUGAAACCUGGAGACGUUUAUCAAUUGACGGGUACCAAUUCUCUGGGUUCUUACUGUUGCAUCGCGAGGAAUUGUAUGGGUGAAACGAAGAGCACGGCCGAAUUGACCGUCGAGGAUAUUCAAAACCAGCUGAACGAAGAGGAACGUCUUCAGUUGUUCAGCACGAAUCAGCCGCCGAAAUUUAUCAAGGGUCUGAAAAGUUGCGAAGCGAAAAUAAACGAGGACUUUCGCUUCACGAUUCAAGUGAGCAUUGUGCCAGAGCCUGGCUUGUCGUGGUACCGAGAUGACGAACCGGUGAAAGAUAACGAGAGGUACCUCUUCUCGAGAGAAACAUUGGGCACCUGCCACUUCGAUAUUCGAAAGUUGGAAUUUUCAGAUCAAGCCGAAUGGAAGUGCGUCGCUACGAACGACUUCGGUCACAGCAUCACCUCCUGUUUUCUGAAGCUAUUAAUUCCUAAGCAUUUCAAAACGCCAAAGUUCCUCGAGAGCCUUCGGGCUAUCCUCUCCGAAGAGGGGGCUGUCAAUCUGGAGUGCAAGGUCAUCGGAGUCCCUCAGCCAAUUUUAAAAUGGUACAAAGACGGCGUCGAGCUGAAGCCCGGUGACAUUCACAGAAUCAUAUCGGGCCAGGAUGGCACCUGUUGUCUCGGAACAUACACCUGCGAAGCGACCAACUGCAUGGGGACGGUCAGCAGUUCGGCGUCACUCCUCGGAUUCGAAGAUCGGGGGGCAGCUAAGAAAGACGCGAAGGAGAUACCAGCGGGGCACGAUCUCGCCCGAAAUUUAUCCCUGUCGACGAUACACGAAGAAAGGACAUCCCAAAUGUACGACACACCCCAGACCGACCAAUCCAUGACGCUCGACGAACGCGGCGAGGUUUCCUUCAGUUUCGACGGUAAGGAGGUUUCUGUUAGCCUCUACGAGACACCGGAUCUCACCGAAGAGGAAGCUCUUCAGAUCGUCGAAAUGUACGCCGACCAAUUGUCGGAACACGUCACCGAACAUAAUGUGAUAGAACUACCCCCGUUGCGUUUCGUGAAAGAGACUUCGAAUUCCGGUAAUCUUUUAAUGGAGGCGGUAGUGAUCGACGUGUCUCCGGAUUAUUUUAUUACCGCCGAAGAAGAUUUGCGAACGGAAGCCGACAUGGACGACAUGUCUAUAAUGGAAGAUCAGACCCAGCCGCUGUCGUCGCCUGAAAUUCAUGGGGAUGACGUGAACCAGUUCGAUCGAGCGAUGACCGCUACUCCGCUCAUCGGUGAAGAUGGAAGGCCGCUGAGACCGCCGCGAAAAAAGUCAGGCAGCAUGUCGUCGAGGAGCGAGAGGAGCGAGAGGAGCGAGAGGAGCGCGAAAAGUCAGAGAUUGGAGUCCGAGAGUUACCACAGUGCGCGCGAGCCGACGGGUCAGGUUUCGACGAAGGACGACAGCGACCCGUUCACGGAUGCUCUCUCGAUACACUCGCAGGUAGUUUCGAGCUCCGAUCGCACCGGUCAGAAAGAAGCGCUGAAGCGAAAAUCGAACAGCAAGCACAGCAGCGGCGAACAAACUUCCAGUUACGAAGGUGACUCCCCGUUGGACGCGGCGACCAGCGCGCCGAAGAAAAAGAAGGCUAAAAAAAAGAAAGAAAAAUCUCUGUCGCGCAAGGGUAGCAAGGAGGAGUCCGCGAAGGGAGGAGAAUCAUCGGACCGGGCUGAUUUGAAAACUGAAUCGAUCGCCGCCGCCGGAGCGCAGGACGAGAGUAAUCCUGAUGUAGAAAUUCAGGAUCUCGCUACAGUCGAAAAAUCGUCGGAGUCCGAUGGACAAAAAUCGUUAUCCAAGGGUAACAAGGAACGGUUGAUCGAAAACAUCCACAGGCUGACGCAGCCCGUUAGAAUUAUAAGAAACGCGCUGGUGAACCUUGACACGCUAUUCGAAGCCGAUAGCGAGUCGCAAUUGAACGCCACUAUUAUGGAACACAUCGUUCGACCGAUCCAGGAACUUUGCGAGGAAGUCUCACUGGUGGAGGAGAAGGCCCUCAAAUCGGCUGGAGACAAGUCUCUCACUCAGGCGGUGAGAAUUUCGCUGUUAGAAUCCGUCAGCGGCCCUAUGGAAGAACUUCUGAGGGGCAUCGAGUUGAUAAAACGUCAGGAAGGAUCGCAGGCGGUGAAAUCCGACAUAAUAAUUUUGGAGUCGCUCACCGAUCCGAUCGACGAAAUAUCGUCCGGAUUGGCAAAAAUCGAACACGAGCUAUCGGGUCAGACGAAUUGCGAGAAACCGAUAGCUCUUCAAAGAAUAAUUCAGACCACAUCUCGUCUCGGUAAGAGUACCGCGAUUCUUCAGGAUCGCGUUCGAGGCACUUCCGGUAUCACGGCUCAUCUGAAACGCAUACACGACACCUUGGAUCUGUUCAUAAAAAGCGUGACGGUGAGUCCGGUGGAUGGAACGACCGAAAACAUCGACACUAUAGUCGUGGAGUCGCUGACGCGACCGGUUGAAGAGCUGGAACGAAUCGUCAGGCUGAUCGCCAGCAAUCCUGAGAUCUCGUUGGAAUCGGAGUCCGGGGUGGACUUGGCUGUCUCUGUGAACGAGUUGAAAAAUAGAUUGACCACUUUGUCCGCAGCUUUGGAAAGUUACGGGGGUGAGGCCACCGGCUACCAUUCCAUCACGGUGAUGGCGUUGGCCGAAGCCGCGACGGGACUGGACCGAGAACUUUCGAGGCUUGAAAAAGACAAGACAGUUCAUGGAGAAAAUAAAGAUGUGCAGAUCGUAGCCAGAUCCGUCCUCGAGCUACGGAAUACGAUCGAAGCGAUUUCUUCCCUUCCCAUCAAUCCUCUGAAACAUUCAAGAUCGCUGCUGAUCGAGAUGCAGAAGAGCCUCGCCCAGGUCCUGGAAAAUGCUGUCCUGCAGUCUGGAAAACGGAAACUUACCGACACCAACAAUUCUUUUAUCGUUCAGAAUCUGGCCGAACCCGUCGACGGGCUCAACAAUCAACUGCGAAAGUUGGAAUCUGCCGUAGAGUUACAAACCAGCGAUCUGAAUCAUCUUUUGGAAUCCCUCGAAUUUUUGAAUCAAACCGUAACUUUGUGUCAAAAAAAUUUACUCGACACCGGAGACGCGAGAAAUCCAAACAUAUCAGCACUCGACGACGUCAAAGAUCCGUUGGACCAAAUUAUCGAUCGGUUGCAGCAGGACGCGGUAGCGAAAAUUCAGGACAGUGGAGUUUCCUUGGCGAUUGAAAAGAUGAGGACUGCGAUCGCCAACGUUCUUGCCGCCGCCGAAAAUUGCACAACCAACGAGGAUAAAACUUUGGUUCUGGAGAGCCUGAAAUCACCGCUGAUCGAAAUACAAUCGAAUCUAGACACGAUCAAAAGUAUCUGCAUUGGAAAAAUCGGUGACCUGUUCGUCGUAGAUUUGAUACACAAUUUUUAUCAGCCGGUGGUCGAAUUAUCCGGUCUAACGACUUGCCACGACAACGAAGCUCUCGGUAAACUGGCGGAGAUAAAGGAGAGGGUGCGAAAUUCCGUCAAAUCAAUCAACAAUAGCGCAAAGUUGGAGGGGCGCCAGAACAGCGUAGAGAUCAAGGCGAUACUGCCGCUGAUUGAAAAUCUUGAAACUGCCGUAACGCGGGUUGAAACAGUUAAGAAAACUGUACGCCACCUAAAAGAACUCACGGAUGAAAUAAGUCUGGUGAAAAAUAUAUUCGGCAAAAUUUCACCAGGACUUCCCUUAGCGUCGGGUGCGACCGAUAAGCUGACCGUCUCCCUGAGCAAUGUCGUUCGGAUCGCCAAGAUCGUUAGAAACGAGGCUGUGUUCUCAGCUCUGGACAUUCCGAUGGGUGAAAUUGAGAAUUUCGUCGACAACGUUUUUGCGAACGUCAAUUUGGUGAACGACACCUUGGACGACGAUAGUGUAGCGACCUUGUUGUCGAUCGAUAAACCACUUCAUUCGCUGUACGAUGCAAUGAGUAGCAUCCAGACGGACGUCGUCGAUGAAAAAAUUAACGGAGGCGCGGGACGAGCUCUUGUGAAUGCCGUUAACGAUCUGGUGCAACCGCUGGAAGCUGUGCAGUUAAAAUCUACGGCGAUGCGAGAACAACUUGCGAACGUGACACCGAUUUCGCACGCACUGCUCGAACCCCUUCGCGAUGUCAAGACGAAUUUGUCGGACGUUUUGGGCGAGUACGAGAGGGUAGCGAAAAAACGAGGGCGUUCGUCGUCCAUCGUGAAUUACAUCGAAGGUCUGAAUCAGAAUUUGGAUAGGAUCGUUAAUUCGAAAAAUGACGAGGAAACGGUGGAGGUAUUUGUGAACUUGAAGGGACCACUUCACGCGUUGUUAUCAUCGCUGGAGUUGCAAGAUCACGGUCACGAGGAAUUGAUCAUUCUGAAAAGCAUGGAAGUCCCACUCGCGAGUCUGAGAGAAGCUCUGUCAUCGGUAUCAGCUAAAACCAAAGUUGCUCAGUUGUUACAACCCGUACUAGCGGUAUUGAAUAAAAUCGAAAGCAGAGUCCCGGUUGUCGUCGAGGAAGUGUUGAACAGGGAGAACAAGGCUACGCUCGACAACGAUUCGAAGCUGAAGGAACUUGUCGCGAAAGUCAAAUCUCCGCUGAACGACAUUUGCGAAGAGAUGUCCGUAAUUGUUGACGAGCACGAAAAAUCAGCGCGUUCAACAUCUCCAGCAUCCGAGAUCGCUCUUCAGGUGAUAGAAAUAAGGGAAAAUAUUUCCAAAGUCAUCAAUCAAGCCGACCAAUCAUCCGAUAAAGGGACCGUACACGUUCUCGCGGACCUUAAAGAAUCUCUAUCGAAAUUGCAGCAUAUUUUAAUCGCGAAAGAUCACAACAGCGACGAAUCAAUGAUAAUAGAGAACAUAGCAAAUCCAAUUUCGAAAUUAAAAAUUGUCGUUCAGGAGGUACUUCAACGCGAAGACGUCGAAGAAGUGAAUUCACUGUCCGGUCUACUGGAGGAACUGGAGGAGCAGAUACCGUUGAUCGCAAGGGUGGAUCCUGCCAAGCUGGAAAAAGGUUCGUUGGACUCGUUGUCGAUCGAAGAGCCGCAGACACUGGCCGAUCAGAUUUUAGAUCCUUUGAUCGACAUUCAAUCGAAAAUUAGCACGGCUCUCGACGAAGUGGAAAAAGUUGAUAAUCCCACCGUGCAGUCUUCGGAACUGGCUUCUUGUCUCGUGGAAUUGAGACAGUUCGUUUCUUCGGCAGCUCACACUGCCACGACCCUUAAAACCGAAGAAACCGUGAACGCGUUGUCGGACUUGCGCGAGCCUCUCCUCGAUCUCCAAGUUGCGUUGAAUUUGGAUCACGCACCCGAGGAAAUGGUGCUCAUAAAAAAUAUCACGCCGCAAAUCAGGGAACUCAAACACGUCGUUGAAACCGUGAUAAAAUCUGAACCAGCUACCGGUGCGGCUCUGGUGGAACCGGUCCUUCAUGUUAUCGAAGAUAUUCAAGCUCAAGUUCCUGACAUAAUAAAAAAACUUGAAAUUAAGAAAAAAUCAAAGAAAGAAAAAGUAGCUCAGGUUUCUGAACCGAAGCCGCAAGUUCUUGGGGCGAAUAUUUCAGGGCUUUUGAGUGGCGUACAUUUUGCGCUGUCUUCUGCUUUAGAAGAACAAGAAGAGGCAUUGAAUAUCGAUAAUCUCCCGUCUUCCACUAUCGCUGAAAGCGUCGAAGAGGUAAGACAAGUUAUCGCUGCUCUAGCUGUAGCGACCGGUUCUGUGUCGGAGCCAUUGAGUGACGAGCAGACUAUCGAGGAACUGUCAAAAUUGAAAAAACCCUUACUACAAAUGCAGAGAAUUUUGUUGAUCAAAGAACACGGAGAACAAGAAGCAGCGAUUCUGAAGCAUAUCGUCCAACCUGUAGAGCAACUUAAAAUGGUCGUUUUAAAAGUGAUUCAGAGUACCGAAGCUCCGUCUGUACUUCCGGUGUUAGAAUUACUGGAAGAAAUAGAGAAGGAUGUUCCAUUGGUUGCCAAAGAAUUAGCGAAGCGUAGAAAAUUGAAAAAAGAGAAAGCGAAACCAGUCGAGACUGUCGAAGUAGCGAAGCCUAAAAGACUGGCUGGAAAAAUAGCGGUUCCCUUCGACACGAUUCAAAAUACAUUGACAACCAUUUUAGAAGAAAUGCGAAGAUCCGGUGCGAAAAAAUCGCCGAUCGCAGCGUCGAUAAAUGUCUUGAAUCAAAUAGUUACGAAUAUCGCGAUCACCGCAUCCUAUUCCGAACCACCCAGUGACGAAGAGAUGACGGAAAUUUUGACGGAUUUGAAGGAACCGUUGGCCAAACUGAACGAAGCUGUUUCGAUCAAUCACAAACCCGAGGACCUCGAAAUUCUUGAAUGUGUUAAACAGCCGAUCAAAGCUCUGCACGUAAUUACAUUGAACGUUAUGGAAGAAAGUGAGAGCAGUGGACUCCAAAAUCUUAUAGAAGUCCUGGAAGAGAUCGAAAACCAAGUGCCUCUGGCGAUCAAAGAAGCCGUGUACAAAAAAGAAUUGCAACAAGCCGUAGAAUCUUUAGAACCCGAAUCGAUUGCGGAAAUUAAAACGAUGCAGUCCGAAGUCCCUGAAAAAAUCGAGAGCGUGAAAAACGUUGCAGAGGACGGUGAAUCUAAGCUAGGUGAACUCGAGUCUCGAGUAUCGGAUACUUUGUCAAUCGAAUCGAUGCCUACGACAAAAUUGGCAUCGGCAGCGGAAGGAGAUGCUCAAACGAUCGUAACUGUGGAUUCAAUGAGAUCCAUGCCCUCGUUGGCGAGCCGAGAAAUUCAAAAUACCUCUCAACCGGAAUCAGAAAAAUUAGGAACAGAAAAAGUAGCUAUUAUCGAGGAUCCUUCGAACGCAGGAUCCGGAGAUUCAUUUAAUCAGAUCGUAAAAAUGGAAUCUCAACAAACUGCGGGUUCAACUCUAGCCAAAAUAGUCUGCGAACCUCUUCAUAAAGUUCAACUUGAGAUAGCGAAUACUUUAGACGACUUCGAACAACUGACUGAAAUUGACGCCCCUCCUUCCGAACUUGGUUGCAGACUAGAAGAACUUAGGCAAACAGUGUCAACGUUGCACGUUUCGACAGCUCCUUACGGCAAGGCACUUUCUAACGCGGAAGUCCUCAAUGCUUUGGAAAAUUUAUUUCAACCGUUGUUAAAUCUUCGGGAUACGCUGAGUACGAAAAAGCACAAUAACGAAGAAUUGCUGAUUCUGAAUCAUCUGGAACAGCCGAUUCGAGAAAUCGGUGAAGUUAUGAAACAAGUAGCUAGUGAAAACGCUGCCGAGGGAUUCCUGGACUUUGCAAAAAUUAUACAAGUCCUGGAUGAAAUUCAAAUGUGGAUUCCGCUGGUGGCGAAGGAGAUCAACACGAGGCAGCAAGUGAUGCAAGUAUUAUCCGAUAUAUCGAGACCGCUUGAUAUCAUGCACAGGUGUAUGGUCGACCUCGAAGCGACCGCGAAGGAUGCGGUGGAGACCGAUGUUGCAGCUUUCUUAGGAGAACCGAUAAAUACUUUGAAAGAAACGAUUAACGUUGUAAUGAAAGAUCUGGAAUUAUUAGAGCAGCAGAAAUGUGCUAUUUGGGAACUGAAGACUCUCGUUGAACCGUUGAUAGAAUUUCAAAGCUCACUCUCGAUGAUUCAGAGUAGCCAAAACGUCGUGCCGGAAACGAUGUUGCUCGCAGAAAAGAAGAACGUUAUUCUUCAAGCCGUGAAUGGCCUGAAAGCAUCGAUCAAUGCGACGAUAGACAAAAUUGAACAUCAGGAGAACUCGAAUCUAAUAGUAGAACCACUGCAAGCGCUCAAUCAGGCCAUGACUACGGUCCAGCAGCAAGUGAAUAAAACCGAUUAUUAUCGAAGGCCCAGCGUGACGCUGAGAGGCCACAUGAUCGGGCCCCUAGAUCAUCUCAGCAACACGAUAUCAGCUCUGGAAGAUUACAUCGAUCAGGGUACCUACGACGUCAUCUCUCAAUCUUUGGAAACUCUUCAGAAGCAAAUUCUAUCGGCACAAGAUCAGUUCAAUCAAAUCGAUCAACCGAUCGACGAAGAGGUGAUUAUCGAGGGAUUUUUGUACCCUACUAAUCAACUGCAAUCGGCGUUGACCAUUUUACGUGACAAUCUCGUGAAAAAAGCUAUGCUUCCGAUCACUUGCGGAUCAACAGAAUUACUCCAGGCGUUGAGUGGCUCGAUAGGAGAACUGAGGAGAUCAUUGACUCUACUGCAAACUGAACUGACGCACGAGUCCAAGGGGGCGUCGAUCAUAGAAACUUUAUCCGCGAUCUUCAUACCGCUGGAUAAAAUCAGCGAAAUAAUUGAUAAGAUUGUCAGGGAUUCGCCGAAAAUUGAAAAGUCCUUGACGGUUGAGGAACUGCCGAAGAGAGAACCAUCCCCGGUUAGCCAAGAAUUGAGAAAAGCGCUGCAAAUCGCUCUGCAGGCUGAAGAAGUCAAGGAGAGAGGAGAGAAGGAGAAGGAAAGGGAAUCCGCUGUUGUCGGCGAAUUGAAAGAGAGCGGUGAUAACGUCGCUGCGAUUUUAGUUCCAGAGACAGAAAGCGCGACUUCGAUUCAGGUAUUGAACAAACCGUUGCAAGAUCUACAAAAAUCCAUCAUCGCUAUCCAAGAAGCGGGUCCUUCUGCGACAUCCGAAGAUUCGGAUAAUUUGAGAAAUGCGGAAGAACAGAUAAAAGAAUUGCAGAAAUCGAUUUCCUCGGUUUGCGGAUCCAUUACUUCUACGAACGAAGGUGAAGGCUCUGCUGAAGAUUCGUUGAUCGAUAAACUUCUCAGUCCUUUGUCAGAAUUUGAAAAUUCCCUUGCUACGAUUCAACAUAAAAUAGAAUCCGAAGAGAUCGUUUCACCGGUGGAAUGCCAAAUUAAAUCAUUGGCGAUCGCUGAGCUGAUCGAACCUGUGAAAGAGUUACAGAAAUCCAUCACAAUCGUUCAUAACCAGUCUCUUGAACGGUCGGAAAAAAUUAAGGAGGGAGAAGUCGACGAUCUCGAACAGGUAGCUCAACUAGUUGAUAAAUUACAAGCAUCGUUAGUUGUGUUGAGUGGAAAAAAUAUCGAGUCGCAAAAAGCCGAGGAGAAAGAAAUUGAGAAAAAUGUAUCCCAGCAGGGAAUACUGUCUGUUAAUCAAUCACACGCAAUUGAGCAGGAGAGCGUUGUUUUACAAGGAAACCAAGAAGCUUCUGAGCCGGAUCUCGAAGUCGUUCGAACAUCACCCGAGGCUAAUAAGAAAAAAGUCAAGAUCUCCGAGCCGGAUGAGACUAAGCUUGGCAAGACAAAUGAUAAUGUUAAUGACAUUCAGCAGACUACCGCCCAACCACUGGAGGAAUUAAUCGAGGCUAUCGUGGUAUCCCAGGCCCAGGGGGCUGAGUCAACUACGGAUUUCGAAGACUUGUCGAUCGUUUCAGAGCUGGGUGAACGCUUGGAGCGACUGAAAACUUCGAUAGCGACGAGUGAAAAUGUAGAAUUUAUCGCCGAGCCGUUGCAGGAGCUCAAAAAUUCCAUCGCCGUUAUCAGGGAUCAACUGGUCCUUGCGGAAAAUUCGGAGAUAUCGGAAGGCCAACAACUUCUGAUGAGCAUAGCUCAACCACUCGUCGAAAUUCAGACGUCCAUUGCCGCUAUUCAGGGUGAAACUCCCACCGAAGUUGAUCAAGUAUCGGAACUCAAAGUAAUUACUAACCGCCUAGAGGAACUGAGGACUAAAAUAGCUACCAACGAUGAAAAAAUAGCCAAUGAAGAAACCUCUGCGCUGCUCCCCGAACAAAUUCAAUUGCCUGAAAAUCUGGCGAUACCCCUUCAAGAACCGUCCCAAGCCACUGAUGUCGCGCAGGUAAUCGCAACUCCUGAAAUUCACUCGGCGAACAGUGAAAAAAUUCAGGAACAGGCUCACCAAGAAAUAUCUAAACUUCUUGAACCGAUCGGAAAGUUGCAAAAAGCUGUUUCAAAAGCUUGCGAAUUUUCGGCGAAAGCGGUUCAACCGGAAAUCACGGAAGGUCAAAAGCCUGAAUUAUUGAGAGCGGUUAUCGAACCUCUUAUACAGUUGCAAGAAGUGAUCGCCACAAUUGUGGAGAAUGAAGAAUCAGUUCGAGAGCUGACCAGUCCGUUGGCAGAGCUCGCAAGUAACAUAGCAUUGGUACGUGAAAAAGUUGUGACUGAAGAAGGGGUGAAAUUCGCUGUUCUUAAAGCUCUGGAAAUUCCUCUGGAGCAAAUUCAAACUGCGAUUGUGUUGGUCGCGGGAACGGUCGAAAAAACGGGCAAAUCUGAAAUUCCUAGACUGGAAACAAUUAUGGAAUUGGUUGAACCAAUCAAGACGUUGAAAGAAUCUAUCGCCCUUAUUCAAGAUCAAUCUCUCGACGCUGAGGCGAAAGCCUUGGAAACCGAAUCGCAAAUUUUAGCGCAAGCCACGCAAUCUGAAGAACCAAAAGCGACUGAAAAAGUCCAUGAACAUCCUGUAGUUGUUGAAAAAAAAGCGGAUGACGUUCCCACGGAAACAGAACAGGUCGCCAAAGAAUUCGAAACUGAUCUGAACGUUCUGGAAGAAAUUGCAGCACCUCUAAGGGAGCUCCAAAAAUCUCUCGCAGUAAUAACUGAAGUAAAAAUUAUCGGAGAAGAUACCGUGGAUCUGCCGCAAGCAGCUGGAGCAAACUUGCUGAAUAUUUUAGCUGAACCAUUCGAUGCACUUGCAAAGUCGGUAGCCGUUGUUAGACAACAGAUUGCUCUAGACGCCGGAUCUGAUGUGAUUCCCUCGCCGGAACACGUUUCUAUACAGCAAACGUUGAAUGAACCGAUCAAUGUUCUCCAGAAUUGCAUCGCUAACAUCCAAGAAAAUGUAAUCAUUAAUUCCCAGGCUACAGAGAGCGAGGACAAGAUAAAUCUUUUAGCAAAAGAAAUCGCUCAGCCGCUGGCAAAUUUGCAGAAAUCUAUAGCUACCGUCCAAGAACAAUUCCACAACGAAGCUGCUACCGAAGCGCUGAUAAAAAUUGAAGACAUCUCGGUGUUGAAAAUAUUAGCUGAACCUCUUCAAGAGCUACAAAAAUGUUUGGCUGUCGUUAGUCAGCAGACUCUUAUAGAGCCCAGUUCAAAUGCAGUUAUUGAAUCGAUUUCUAGUCACGUAGAAAAAGCGGAAGACUGCAGUUUUAUUCAAGAACCGAGUAAAAAUGAGCCUGAAAAGUCCGAUGCAAUUGUUGAAGAACUUAUUCCCAUGGAGACCACAGAGGAUAAGAUUUCUAGGGAUAAUGUUUCACUGAUCACAACGCUGACCCAUCCCUUGGAAGAGCUCCAAAAAACUUUGAUCGGUAUCGAGAAUCGCAUUCCCUCUGAAUCCGAAGCCACAUCUCAUUCUGAAGUGACGGAUUUAUCCUUGCUACAAGCGAUAGCUAAACCUUUAGAGGAAUUAAAGCAGUCCAUUCUCGUGGUUCAGGAGAACACAGCGAUCGAAGGAGUCGAAGAUAUACCUGAACAAGAUGAUGCCGCAAAAUUGAUCGCUCUCGCUGAACCUCUCGCAGAAUUAUGCGAAUCGAUUGCGGCAGUUCAGGAAGAAAUCGCAGUCCAAACAGACAGGAAAUCGCCUUCAGAAAGUAUCCUUGCGCUGCCCAGUAUAGCUAACCCACUUGAAAAAAUCGAAAAAUUCAUUACUCUCGUCGAACAGCAAGUAGCGAUGCAGCCCGAUAUCGAAACAACGUCGGAAAUUGACGGUUCUUCAGCCCUGAAAACGUUGGCCACGCCAAUCCAGGAAAUCCGACGUUCCGUAGCCGUGAUUCAGGAGCACGUUGUUUCGGAGCCAGAAGCAACGACGACGCUGGACCAAGAUAAUUUAUCGGUACUCAAGACUCUCGCGGAUCCUUUGCAGGAAAUUCAAAAUAGUUUUGCCCUCAUCGAGGAACAAGUAAUCCUGGAAGCGGACGUUAUUUCUAUGUCGGAAAAAGAGGAUAUCGAGUUACUUAAAACUUUAGCAUCGCCUUUGGAAGAACUUCAGCGAUCAAUAGCUGUAAUUCAGGAUCAUACGUUGAUAGAAUCUGCCGAACAAGCUUUGUCGGAGAAGGCAGACAUCUCGCUGUUGAAGACAUUAGCUGAACCGAUAAUUGAACUGCAAAAAUCCGUAGCCGCGAUCCAGGAACACGUUCUAAUCGAACCGGGCACCACUUCGAUUUCAGAAAGGGAAGAUACUUCGCUGUUGAAGGCCAUAGCUUCGCCGAUCGAAGAGCUGCAAAAAUCAAUCGCCGUGAUUUAUGAGCAGACCACCGUCGAACCAGGAGUGGACAGCAUUUCCGAAACGGAAGAUCUUUCUCUACUGAAAACUUUGGCCCACCCACUCGAAGAAUUGCAGAAGUGCAUCGCCGUCAUUCAGGAGCACAACGUGGUCGAGCCAAAGGAGAUGGACGUAGCGGAACUCGAAGAUGAGGUGAUCGAAAAUAUCGUGGAGCCGAUCCGAGGUAUUCAAAAUAUGAUAAUGGAUAUUGAACAAGUUACGGUAGAUUGCGACGACGACACGCUAACUGAAUUUAACGCAUUGCAAAGUUUGGUUGACCCCUUACAAGGAAUUUCCGAUUGCGUGGCUGCAAUAAAAGAGUCCGAUAGUUCCGCGCUUGAAGCAGAUCAAGAAUUACUCACAAUUUUGGCCGAGUCCAUCGAUAGUCUUGACAAAACGAUCGAGGAAAUUGAACCAGAUACCAUUAGCGAUGAAAAUAAAUUGUUGAAACCGAUUGCAGAAGAUUUGAUCAGAAUAAAACAAUCUUUGACGAUCGUCAAAGAGAAUUUCCCUCAGUUUGGAGCGCUUUGCGAAUUAGAAGCGCCUUUGAAUGCCUUGGAAGAGUCGAUGAGAAUGGUUCGCGAAAUAGCGGUAAGCGAUAGUGAGUUAGUAAAAGUAGAACUCGAUGACGAACCGUUAGUUGCUGAUUGGUCAAUUGUUAACAAAUUGGUCGAUCAUGUAGAAGGAGUUAUGAAGUCUAUAUCAAAAGUUGAGGGUCAAAUAGCCACCGAAAAGAGUCUAGAGAGGGUCAUAGAAAUUGAAGCAUUGCAGACUCUGAUAGGUCCUCUGGAAGGUAUCCAGAAAAGUUUUGCAACGAUUCAGGAACAAGCCAGCGAAAUGCAGCCCGUCGAUGAAGAAGCAGCGAUCGAAGCGAUCGUUGACUCGUUGUACGAUCUUGAAAAAUCAAUUUCGAUUCUUCAGACACAAGCUGUCGACAGGCCGGUUUCACAACCACUCUACGGUGGGCCCGACGCACUGGUAUUGCAUGGCCUAGUCCUACCCCUGGAGGAAUUGAAAAAAUCAAUAACUACAGUUCAAGAGUCAGCGACGACGUACCUGGAAAAUUUGGAGGAACCAUUGAGAACUCUAGAGCUUGCGAUGAAAGUAGUCGAGGAGACAAUGCCAUCCGAAACGACUGAACAGGAAAAAAAAGAGAUCACUGGAAAAAAAAUGAAGAAAUCACGUUCAAUCGAAGAGCUGGAUAUACAGAGUCCUGCGAAAAUCACAGUCGAAGAUGAUUCGCAUAAGCUCAGCCAAGAUGAAGCAGAAAUAAUGACGGAGGAAGAAAAAUUGGAACAUGAUAAACCAGCUGAAUUAAAGAGGGCAAAAAAAAUCGAAGAGAAAGAUCUUGAUGGGGUGAAAGAGGCAGAGAAAUUGGAACCAGAGGCUCAAAAAAAAAGCGUUGAAAAAGAAGCAAUCAAAGAGGAAAAAGCUGAUAAAAAAGUAAAAGAUGAAGCUGAACAGGUGAAAGCAGAAACCACAGAAAAAGAGCGAAUCAGUUUGGAAACUGAAAAAGCAGACGUUCAGCAGAAAAAAGAGAAAAAUCGAUCAAAGAUCGAAGAAGAUGAGAGAGAAAAACUUGCUGAACAGGAAAGUCUUGCGAAGGAGGAAGUCGAUCGAAGACAGAAAGAAGAGUCUGAGCGAUUGAAAAAGGAAGAAGCAGAGAAACAAAAAAUUGCUGAACAGGAACGUCUGGCAAAGGAAGAAGCUGAUAGAAAAAAAAAGGAAGAGUCUGAGCGAUUGAAAAAAGAAGAAGCAGAGAAACAAAAAAUUGCUGAACAGGAACGACUCGCAAAGGAAGAAGCUGAGAGAAAAAAGAAGGAAGAGUCUGAGCGAUUGCAGAAAGAAGAAGCAGAGAAACAAAAAAUUGCUGAACAGGAACGACUCGCAAAGGAAGAAGCUGAUAGAAAAAAGAAAGAAGAGUCUGAGCGAUUGAAAAAGGAAGAAGCAGAGAAACAAAAAAUUGCUGAACAGGAACGACUCGCAAAGGAAGAAGCUGAUAGAAAAGAGAAGGAAGAGUCUGAGCGAUUGAAAAAGGAAGAAGCAGAGAAACAAAAAAUUGCUGAACAGGAACGACUCGCAAAGGAAGAAGCUGAGAGAAAAAAGAAGGAAGAGUCUGAGCGAUUGAAAAAGGAAGAAGCAGAGAAACAAAAAAUUGCUGAACAGGAACGACUCGCAAAGGAAGAAGCUGAGAAAAAAAAGAAGGAAGAGUCUGAGCGAUUGAAAAAGGAAGAAGCAGAGAAACAAAAAAUUGCUGAACAGGAACGACUCGCAAAGGAAGAAGCUGAGAGAAAAAAGAAGGAAGAGUCUGAGCGAUUGCAGAAAGAAGAAGCAGAGAAACAAAAAAUUGCUGAACAAGAACGACUGGCAAAGGAAGAAGCUGAUAGAAAAAAGAAGGAAGAGUCUGAGCGAUUGCAGAAAGAAGAAGCAGAGAAACAAAAAAUUGCUGAACAAGAACGACUGGCAAAGGAAGAAGCUGAUAGAAAAAAAAAGGAAGAGUCUGAGCGAUUGCAGAAAGAAGAAGCAGAGAAACAAAAAAUUGCUGAACAAGAACGUCUGGCAAAGGAAGAAGCAGAGAAACAGAAAAUUGCUGAACAGGAACGACUCGCAAAGGAAGAAGCUGAUAGAAAAAAGAAGGAAGAGUCUGAGCGAUUGAAAAAGGAAGAAGCAGAGAAACAAAAAAUUGCUGAACAAGAACGACUGGCAAAGGAAGAAGCUGAUAGAAAAAAAAAGGAAGAGUCUGAGCGAUUGCAGAAAGAAGAAGCAGAGAAACAAAAAAUUGCUGAACAAGAACGUCUGGCAAAGGAAGAAGCUGAAAGAAAAAAGAAGGAAGAGUCCGAGCGAUUGAAAAAGGAAGAAGCAGAGAAACAGAAAAUUGCUGAACAGGAACGACUCGCAAAGGAAGAAGCUGAUAGAAAAAAGAAGGAAGAGUCUGAGCGAUUGAAAAAGGAAGAAGCAGAGAAACAAAAAAUAGCUGAACAAGAACGUCUGGCAAAGGAAGAAGCUGAAAGAAAAAAGAAGGAAGAGUCCGAGCGAUUGAAAAAGGAAGAAGCAGAGAAACAGAAAAUUGCUGAACAGGAACGACUCGCAAAGGAAGAAGCUGAUAGAAAAAAGAAGGAAGAGUCUGAGCGAUUGAAAAAGGAAGAAGCAGAGAAACAAAAAAUUGCUGAACAGGAACGACUCGCAAAGGAAGAAGCUGAGAAAAAAAAGAAGGAAGAGUCUGAGCGAUUGAAAAAGGAAGAAGCAGAGAAACAAAAAAUUGCUGAACAGGAACGACUCGCAAAGGAAGAAGCUGAGAAAAAAAAGAAGGAAGAGUCUGAGCGAUUGAAAAAGGAAGAAGCAGAGAAACAAAAAAUUGCUGAACAGGAACGACUCGCAAAGGAAGAAGCUGAGAGAAAAAAGAAGGAAGAGUCUGAGCGAUUGAAAAAGGAAGAAGCAGAGAAACAAAAAAUUGCUGAACAGGAACGACUCGCAAAGGAAGAAGCUGAGAAAAAAAAGAAGGAAGAGUCUGAGCGAUUGAAAAAGGAAGAAGCAGAGAAACAAAAAAUUGCUGAACAGGAACGACUCGCAAAGGAAGAAGCUGAGAAAAAAAAGAAGGAAGAGUCUGAGCGAUUGAAAAAGGAAGAAGCAGAGAAACAAAAAAUUGCUGAACAGGAACGUCUGGCAAAGGAAGAAGCUGAGAGAAAGAAGAAGGAAGAGUCUGAGCGAUUGAAAAAGGAAGAAGCAGAGAAACAAAAAAUUGCUGAACAGGAACGUCUCGCAAAGGAAGAAGCUGAGAGAAAAAAGAAGGAAGAGUCUGAGCGAUUGAAAAAAGAAGAAGCAGAGAAACAAAAAAUUGCUGAACAAGAACGACUCGCAAAGGAAGAAGCUGAGAGAAAAAAGAAGGAAGAGUCUGAGCGAUUGCAAAAAGAAGAAGCAGAGAAACAAAAAAUUGCUGAACAAGAACGACUCGCAAAAGAAGAAGCUGAUAGAAAAAAGAAAGAAGAGUCUGAGCGAUUGCAAAAAGAAGAAGCAGAGAAACAAAAAAUUGCUGAACAGGAACGACUCGCGAAGGAAGAAGCUGAUAUCAAGAAGAAACAAAAAGCUGAUAAACUGAAGAAAGAAAAAGAUCUCAAACAAAAGGAAGCAUCUGAGCGGUUGAAAAAAGAAGAAACCGAGAAUGAAAAGCUUGCAGAACAGAAACGACUUGGGAAGAGGGAAGCUGAUCAAAGACAAAAAGCUGAGGCUGAUCAAUUAGAGAAAGAAAGGGCAGAGAAACAACGAGUCGCUGAAGAAGAAAGUCAGAAAAUAGAAACGGAAGAGCGUGAACGUCCCGUCAAAGUUGAGGCUGAGAAAAAAAUAAUUGAAGAAGAAAAAUUGAAAGCACUACCACAAGAAAAAGAAACGUCAGAUAAGGAAAGAGACGAGCUCAAAGAAAAAGAACGCCUAAUGAAAGAAAAGGAAGAUAAAAAACGUUCUGAAAGAGAAAGGGAGGAAAAGGAACUCUUAGAGAAAGAGGAAGCCGAGAAAAGACAUAGGCAGGAGUUGGAGCUAUUGGAAAAACGUGAGGCUGAAAAGAAACGGGAUGAAGAGGCGAGAAGAUUGAAGAAAGAAGCUCGUAAAAAGAAAAAAAUUGCCGAAGCUGAAGCAGAAGCAGAACUAUUAAAAAAAGAAAAUGAAUCAAAGCAAAGGAAAGAGAAACAAAAAGCUCAGGAAAGUGAAGAAUUAGAGGUCAUCUCCUCCACUGAAAAAGACGAUACUGCGAGCAAAAAGGAAGAGCAGAAUGAAGAACGUCGGAGUGGCCGUAAAAGAGAUAAAAAACAAGUUGAAGAAGGUGAAAGAUCAUCUAGAAAAGGUUUGAACGUAAAGGAUAAGGAAGCUGAAUAUUUUGCACAAGGAAGCGAGGAUUCGGAUUCACUACGGGAUGAAGUAACGCCAGCUAUUCACAGAAAAAGAGGCAAAGACCAGGCUGUAAUCGAAGUAGAAAGAGGCGAAGGCAUGUCUAGAAGAUCUAGGAGCUAUGAUGUCCAAACUCCGACGAUUCAUGAAGAUUCUUCCGAAAGUCUUAGCUUGGCACCAUCGAGCCGACGAACUAGAUCUAAAAGUUAUUUAACGGACGACGGUGGCGAAUCAACUGCAUAUUAUUCCGCAUCAAGUCGAACUGCUGAAGCAAACAUCACAGAGUGCGGGCCCAGAGAUUUUCGGAACAAGCCAUCAUUUUGUACCAAGUUAACGGAUCGCACAGCAGCUGAAGGUUCGAGAAUCAAGCUGACUUGUGCCGUUCUAGGAUCUCCAGAGCCGAAAAUAAUUUGGUCGAAAGACGGAAGAAUAUUAGCCGACAGCAACAGGUACAGAACAAAGCUGGAAAAUGGAAUGGCAUCCCUCGAAUUUUAUGCAGCAUUGCCCGAAGAUUCGGGCGAUUAUUCCUGUAUGGCAAGAAAUACCCACGGCCAGUCUGUCACCGAAGCCAAACUGAAAGUUUACGCCGGAUUCGAGACGAGCCCGGUACCUCCGACCUUCACAAGGUCCAUGAGAGACACCUUCCGAUUCACCGAUAACGAGCUGAUCCUCGAGUGCCGGGUCAGAGGGCAACCGCUACCGACGAUCUCAUGGUUCAAGGACAAUCAACCGCUCCUCGGAGAACGGUAUCGGCAGAGCGAUCUCAGCGACGGAGUUUGUCGGCUGCAAAUUUCUAGCCCAAAUGCGUCGGACAGUGGCGAAUACACUUGCAGGGCGGAAAAUAACGUCUGGACCGAUCAGAUAUCCCAUAUGGUUAAAUUCGAUGGUCGAGAAUCUUACGCGGCAAGUAGAAAGGAUAGAAUAUCCCAGGAUGAGAAUAUCAAUCGCGAACCCCGAAGACCACACUUCGCCAGUGUGCUUACCGAUCACAGUGUCCCUGCCGGAGGAACUAUCGCUCUCCAAGUUGAAGUAAAAGGCACCCCGGCUCCCGAAGUAUUAUGGCUCCACGGCGAAACGAGGCGACCGGUAACGCAUUCGAGGGCGCGCACCUUCGCGGAAUCCGGGGUUUACACGCUGAUGGUGCCGGAAGCAUCGCAUUCCGAAACCGGAACCUACAUCUGCAGAGCCAGCAACGCUUACGGAUCGGUCGAUACCGUUGCAAGUGUUGAAGUAGUCGCCCCGAGUUCCGUUAAGGGUGGUAAACCGGCGAUGUUCCUUUCGAGACCGGACAGUCUGAUGACUGUCGCGUUGGGAGAGGAUGUUACCGUUUCCUUCAGGGUCACCGGGACUCCGAAACCAAGAGUAACCUGGAUGAAAGGCAUUCGCGAUAUCACCAACAGUCUUCGUUCGCACAAGGAAUCGAUAGACGAUUACGUCAGGUUCACGCAGAAGAGAACUCUUGCGUCGGACGAGGGGACUUAUUGCAUUUUGGCUAAGAAUUGCUACGGCUGCGACAGAACGUUCUUCACCGUUAGGGUCAAACAACGAGCCAGAUCUCUGACGCCAUCGCCUGACUGGGGAAGUCUCGACACGAGUAGUUUACUAGCCGAUAUAAACGACGAACAACGUUCAUACCCCAGACAUGUUCCCGGGCGUAUCGGCAGCGAGCCGAUUGUCAUCGACAGCGGUAGAAAUUGGUUGACUCUGUCGUGGGGAAAGGCGGAGCAACGCGGACCAGCCCCUGUAUGUGCCUAUAGGGUGGACGCCUGGCAAGUCGGUGGUGCUGGGGGUGCCCGAUGGUUCGAGCUGGGAGUCACGCCUCUCAAUACCUUCGACGCUUUCAAUCUGCGACCUGGAAGCGAAUACAGGUUUCGGGUUACCCCGCGAAAUCGUUACGGAUGGGGUGAACCUACGGUGUCCUCCGGCUCCCACGUGGUCGGCGAGAUAGUCGAGCUUCCGGAAUUCACGAGAAUUCUUCCCGGCCAGUUGAAAGCUCUGGAAAAUUCAACCGUCUCGUUGGAGUGCGAGGUUCGAGGCGACUCCAGGAUUCGGGUCCUCUGGUACCGGGAUUCCACGGAAAUUGACCCCUCCGAGGAAUCCAGGUACAAAAUAUAUUACAACGGGUUCAAGUGCUCCCUGACAAUUUUCAACAUCACCGCAACCGACUCCGGCCGAUACGUUUGCGAAGCUACGAACAAAGUCGGAAGGGUGUCCACAUUCGCCAGAGUCCUGGUCGUGGGCGAUCAAAAAAUAUUGGACGCCGACGCGAAGCUGAAAAGCCACCUGGACGGCUCGCAGGACGAACGGCCGCCGCAGUUUACAAUGAGACUGCGGGACAGACGAGUACAGAUGACGUACCCCGUUCGUCUUACCUGUCAAGUGAUAGGUGACCCAACGCCGUUGGUGACCUGGUACAAAAAUGGCAAAGAGAUUCAGCAAGACGGUUCGCAUAUUUUCUGGAACGACGAGUCCCACUUUCACACACUCGAAGUAACUCAUUCUAAUCUAGAAGAUUCCGGCUGCUAUAUGGCGGCUGCUAGAAAUUCGGCGGGAUCCGUUUCUUGCCGUUGCAUACUAGUCGUCGACAAAGGUAUUCGGGCAUACAUAGCGCCGGAAUUUUUGUGCGGACUCGACGCGGCCUACACCGCAAAGGUCGGAGGUGAGCUGAGGAUGUCGGCCCAAGUAGAAGCUUACCCCUCUGUCGGAGUGGUCUGGCACAGAGACGGAAUUCGAUUGCGUCCGAGCAGACGAGCGGUGAUGACGCUGAAUCACGACGGUACGGUAGAGCUGUCGCUCGCCAACGUCACGCCAAGGGACGCGGGAAUUUACAGCUGUACCGCUACCAACGAGGUCGGCAGAACCGAGACAACAGCCAAGGUCUCCGUUAUCGGGAACCUCGAAGGACGUCGCCCUUCCGAAAGCGUGCCUCGAGUCGUCGCUCCCGAUAUCCCCUAUUCCAAGGAACCGCUUUUCGUCACCAAGCCGCUGUCGACCGACGCCGUCGAAGGUGACACCGUGAUCAUUCUCUGCGAGGUGGUCGGCGACCCGAAACCGGACGUGAUGUGGCUCAGAGAUUUUCUAAGGCCCGACUACUACAGAGACGCGCCUCACUUUAGACGCGUCGGCGAGGGUCCCCAAUACCGUCUGGAAAUUCCUUACGCAAAGCUCGACUUCACAGGAACCUACACGGUGAUAGCGAAAAAUUGUCAUGGGGAAGCUAAGGCCAUAAUAUCGCUGCAGAUCUACGCCAAAGGUCAGGGCAAAGAAGACAGCAUGGAUCAGGCCUCCGUUAAACACGGGAAGGUAGUGACCCUGCCGAUCGUCAAAAGAGAACUCAAAGAUCUCAGAUGCUGCGACGGCGACGCUGUUUCUCUCGAGUGCAAAGUUCACGCCACCCCUGCGCCUGACAUUCGGUGGGAAAAGGAUGGCAGGCUUCUCCCCCUCGGCGGCGAUUUCGCCUCGUUCUUCGACGGAGAAACUGCUCGUUUGAGCAUCCAGCACAUCUACCCCGAAGACGAGGGCGAGUACACCUGCGUAGCGUACAACGAUCUUGGGAAAGCCUUCACCUCGGCCUGUCUGGUCGUCGACGGUGAGCGAAAUCAAAUCGUCGGCCUAACUUUUUUCCACUAG